CGUGAGGCCCCGGUGUGGCGGGAGGCAGCGGCGGCGCCGGGGCCGCCUCGGUGAGGGCGGGCCGGACUCCGGCUCCGGUUCCUCCUCCCGGCGCUGCGCGGGGGGCGGCGGCGGGGAAGCGUGAGGCUCCCCUCAGGCUGUGCCUCCCCUCAGGCCGCGGCGGGAGCCCGGGCCCGCGGCAGGCCGUGCCCCGGUGCCGUGAGGGGAAGAUGGCUUCUCGGAGGAUCACCCGUGACACGUUCGAGGCCGUGGUGCAGGACAAGGUGAAGCGGUACCGGAGCGGUGCCGCGGGGGAGCCGGUCCAUCGUUUCCCAGCUCCCUCCCGGCUGCCCCGGCCCCGCUACAACGAGAGCUUCCAGCCCGACGGGCGCUUCCCUCACGCCAACUGCCAGCACGAGGACUGGAGCCAGGAGCCUGGGGAGGAUUAUCCUGGGGAAAACUAUCCUGGGGAGGAAUAUCCUGGGGAGAAUUACCCCGGGGAGGAUUAUCCUGGGGAGAAUUACCCCGGGGAGAACUACCCUGGGGAGAAUUACCCCGGCCCUUCCUACCGCGCUGGCAGCCCCCUGCUCCGCAAGGAGAAUUAUUUCCACGGACGUUUCUCCCGCCCUGCACCUCGAGAGCGGGAAUUUGGCCAGGAUUACAGGAAAUUUGGUCGUGCAGCUGCCCCAAGCAGGGAAUUUGGGCAGCACCCUGCUCCCCACGGCCGGGAGUACGGGCAGCAGCAGCGGGAGUACGGCCAGCGGGACCGGGAGUACGGGCAGCAGCAGGAUUAUGGUCCCUCGGAUUGUUGGGAAGCUGGCGGGCAGCACGGAGCGGGGUUUGGCUCCUCGGAGCUUUUAGGGGAUUUUAGGUCUCCUGGAAUGCUGGAGGAGGAGGAGUAUGGCAGCGUGGAGGAUCAGGAGUACGAGGCGGAGGACGGCGAGUUCCGGGCGGCGCCGCGCAGGGGUGGAGUGGGCAGGGGGAGAGCGCUCAGGGGGAAACGCCUCACCAGGGGGGUGCUGAAAGCCAAGGUGUUCAAAGGAGACCUCAAAAGCCCCCUCAAGAAGUGGAAUGUGAAGAAAGCACAGCCAGGCCUGGAUCCCAAAGCUCUGGAGCAGCCUCUGGAAGUCGCUGAGCACCCCGAGCAGAGGCCGGUGCCUCUCCAGCAGCGCCCCAGCCCCAAGCUGCCCCCGCACCCCGUGGCAGCCCAGAGAGCCAUCCUGAGGCUGCCAAAACCCACCCACGUCUUCAGGAACCUCAACUUCGACCUGGUGGAUAAAUCUGACAUUUUCUCCACCUUUGGCAUGGAGAUCAUCAAGUGGGCCGGGUUCCACGCCGUCAGAAACGACGCCGAGUUCUCGCGGCUCUUCGGGGCCCUCUUCGAGCUGGAGACCGAGACCUGUGCCAAGAUGUUGGCCUCCUUCAAGUGCUCCCUGAGGCCAGAGCACAGAGAUUAUUGCUUCUUCACCAUCAAGAGCCUGCAGCACGCCGCCCUGAAAACCCCCAAGGUGGACAACGAGUUCUUGAACAUGCUGCUGGACAAGGGGGCGGUGAAAACCAAGAAUUGCUUCUUUGAGAUCAUCAAACCUUUUGAUAAAUACAUCAUGAGGCUGCAGGACCGCCUGCUCAAGGGGGUGACCCCUCUGCUGAUGGCCUGCAACGCCUACGAGCUGAGCCUCAAAACCAACGGCUUCGGCAACCCCCGGGAGAUGGCCAACGCCUUCGAGACCACCGUGUCCCUGUGCAGGAAAUCCCUGGCUCUGCUGGGCCAGACCUUUGCCCUGGCCUCUGUUUUCAGGCAGGAGAAAAUCCUGGAGGCCGUGGGGCUGCAGGAGAUGGCCCCAGCACCCACGGCCUUCCCCAAUUUCGACGACUCCACGCUCUUUGGGAGGGAGUACAUCGAGAACCUGAAGGCUUGGCUGGAGAAGAGUGGAUACCCCAUCCAGAUGAAGAAGGCAGAGGCAGGAUCCGGGGAGCAGCUCCAGACAGCUUCCCCCGAGGCCAGAGCCCCCCAACGAGCUGACAGGAAGGUUCUGGAAACAAUUGAGCAGCUGGUGAGCAGCAUCGUGGCAGGAACUUUGUCUGCCAAGGACAGGAAUGCCCAGAAAAACUCUCCUGAAUAUUGGUUCCUGUGUGAUGAGGACAGUCUGGAGUACAAGUACUACAGGCUGAGGCUGUCUGAGGUGCAGAGGAGCAGCCUGGCAGGGGAGGCAGCAGCCCCAGAGUCCCUGAGGGCCAUGCUCUAUGCCAGGAGGGUGGCCAGCAUCAAAAGGAGACUUUUCAAGAGGAAAAAAAAACCUGGGCUGGUCUCUGCCCGUGCCAGGAGGGUGAGGAGGGCAAGCACUGGCACCCAGACCCUGCUGGCAGCUGGCACAGGAGUGAAACAGCCAGACAAAAAUCUGGCAGCUGGCACAGGAGUGAAACAGCCACACCAGAAUCUCCCAGCUGGCACAGGAGUGAAACACUCAGACAAAAAUCUGUCAGCUGGCACAGGGCUGGAGCAGCCAGACCAGAAUCUGGCAGCUGGCACAGGAAUGAAACAGCCAGACCAAAACCUUGCAGCUGGCACAGGGGUGGAACACUCAGAGAAAAUUCUCCCAGCUGGCGCAGGAGUGAAACAGCCAGAUCAGAAUCUCCCAGCUGGCACAGGAGUGAAACAGCCAGAUCAGAAUCUCCCAGCUGGCACAGGAGUGAAAUACUCAGACAAAAAUCUGUCAGCUGGCACAGGAGUGAAACAGCCAGAUCAAAAUCUGUCAGCUGGCACAGGAGUGAAACAGCCUGACCAAAAUGUGGCAGCUGGCACAGGAGUGAAACAGCCUGACCAAAAUCUGUCAGCUGGCACAAGAAUGAAACACCCUGACCAAAACCUCCCAGCUGGCACAGGAGUGAAACAGCCUGACCAAAACCUCCCAGCUGGCACAGGGCUGGAACAGCCAGACCAAAAUGUGGCAGCUGGCACAGGAAUGAAACAGCCAGACCAAAAUGUGGCAGCUGGCACAGGGCUAAAACACUCAGACAAAAAUGUGUCAGCUGGCACAAGAAUGAAACAGCCAGACCAAAAUCUGUCAGCUGGCACAAGAAUGAAACAGCCAGACCAAAAUGUGGCAGCUGGCACAGGAAUGAAACAGCCAGACCAAAAUGUGGCAGCUGGCACAGGAGUGAAACAGCCAGACCAAAAUGUGGCAGCUGGCACAGGGCUGGAGCAGCCAGACCAAAAGGUUCCUGGUGCAGAGCCUGGCCUGGCCCAGCCUGGCCUGGGUGCCAGCUGUGCCCCCCAAGGUGCCAGCUGUGCCCCCCAAGGUGCCAGCUGUGCCCCCCCAGGUGCCAGCUGUGCCCCCCCAGGUGCCAGCAGCAGCUCCCAGGUGCCCGUGGCAGCAGAAAGAAGAGCAGAGCCUGAGCUCCUGCCAGCGCUGGGGUCGCAGUUUGCUGAUGUGGAUGCCAAAACCAUGGAGACUGCAGAGAAGCUGGCCAGGUUUGUGGCUCAGGUAGGGCCAGAGAUUGAGCAGUUCAGCAUUGACAACAGUGCAGAUAACCCCGAGCUCUGGUUCCUGCAGGACCAAACCAGCCCCGCCUUCAAAUUCUACCGCAUGAAAGUCCUGGAGCUCUGUCCCUCCAUCACCUUCAGCCCCGAGGCUGCAGAAGCUGCCAGAGCUGCAGGGACAGCCCUGGACACCGAGGAGGACGAGGAGGAAGAAGAGGAGGAAGAAGAAGAAGAAGAAGAAGAGGAAGAAGAAGCUGAGUUUGAACCCUCCCAAGCUGAUGAGGAGGAUGAGGAUGAUGAGGAGGACGUGGCAGCAGGUAGAAGGGUGACAAAGCUAGAGGAAGAUGUGGUGUCCAUGGCAGGAGAGGAGGUGUCAGGAGGUGAAGUGCAGCUCUCCAGCCCCUCUGACGGCGCUGUCCCAAAUCUGUCGACACAGGCACCCCCCGGCCCAGGCCCCGGCGCGCGCUUCCCCCGCAAACGGGUCAGCUCCAAGUCCCUGAGGGUGGGCCUGAUCCCGGCCCCCAAAAGGAUCUGCCUCAUCCAGGAGCCCAAAGGUCAGUGGGCACCCAAAUGGUUCAAUUUUAUAGUAAAAUAGAGGGGGAUUUGGGAAAAAAUCCCCAUUUUUUAGGUGGGGUUGCUUUCAAAAGGGUCAGCUCCAAGUGCCUGAGGGUGGGCCUGAUCCUGGCCUCCUAAAGGAUCUGCCUCACCCAGGAGCCCAAAGGUGGGUUGGCAGUGAAAUGGUUGAAUUCUGUAUGAAAUUUGGGUAAAAAUCCCCAUUUUUGGGUGCAUUGUCACUUAAAACAUUAGAUUUCUUCAAUGCAAAGUUCAGCUCCAAGUGCCUGAGGGUGGGCCUGAUCCCGGCCUCCUAAAGGAUCUGCCUCAUCCAGGAGCCCAAAGGUCAGUGGGCACCCAAAUGGUUCAAUUUUAUAGUAAAAUAGAGGGGGAUUUGGGGAAAAAAUCCUGAUUUUUUAGGUGGUGUAGCUUUAAAAUGGCAAACGGGUUUAUUUAAUGCAAACGGGUCAGCUCCAAGUCCCUGAGGGUGGGCCUGAUCCCGGCCCACAAAAGGAUCUGCCUCAUCCAGGAGCCCAAAUGUAGGUUGGCGGUGAAAUAGUUAACUUUUUUACAGAAAUAAAAGAGGAUUUGAGUAAAAAUCCCCAUUAUUUUAGGUGUAUUGUCACUUAAAAAAUGGUAUUUGUUUAAUGCAAACGGGUCAGCUCCAAGUCCCUGAGGGUGGGCCUGAUCCCGGCCUCCUAAAGGAUCUGCCUCACCCAGGAGCCCAAAGGUGGGUUGGCAGUGAAAUAGUUCACUUUUAUACAGAAAUAAAAGAUGAUUUGAGUAAAAAUCACCAUUUUUUUAGGUGUAUUGUCACUUAAAAAAUGGUAUUUGUUUAAUGCAAAAGGGUCAGCUCCAAGUCCCUGAGGGUGGGCCUGAUCCCGGCCUCCUAAAGGAUCUGCCUCACCCAGGAGCCCAAAGGUGGGUUGGCAGUGAAAUAGUUCACUUUUAUACAGAAAUAAAAGAUGAUUUGAGUAAAAAUCCCCAUUUUUGGGUGCAUUGUCAUUUAAAACAUCGGAUUUCUUCAAUCCAAAGUUCAGCUCCAAGUGCCUGAGGGUGGGCCUGGUCCUGGCCCUCUAAAGGAUCUGCCUCAUCCAGGA